UAGAACUACCAUUGUCUCUUUCUUCUGCAAUGAGAUGCCAGAAGACGAGUGUGCUCCUCUCAGGAGGGAGGGGUCGCUUAUCACCAGUCUCUCUGGACUGAGGAAGAUUUAUAGCCAGAGGGUGACCACCGGAGAGAUGCCUUGGUGUCUUGGGAAGGUGGUGGCCUUCCCAGGCAUUUUUCCAACAAUGAUAGCAGAGGAUGGUUGCAUUCCAUUGGAUCUCUGCUGUUGCUUUGAGAUGAAGUACAACGUGUCCUUGGUUCAGGGAGUCUUGGCCAAGCUAUGAAGAGCUGCAUUCCUGCCAGACACGGAAGGAGGCUUUUGGCUGCUUGCCGCUUGGAACUGUGAGUAACCAGUUUGAUUUACUAAGGCUGAUAAACCUCAAGAAGCAGGUCUUAGUUGCCCAAAGCCUGCUUGAAGGUUUAUGGCUUGCUACUUAGAAGGAGCUGAAGAGCUGUUAACUGGAGCCAAGAUGGAUUCCAAACAGGGAGUUGGGUUGUUGUCUUGCCCACAGAUGGCAAUUUUGCGAGAUGGGGCCUAAAAAUGGAGGCCGUGCUUGUGAGUCAGAGAAUAUAUGAUGUUAUUCAGAACGCCAUUCCUGCAGCACCUGGGAGGCUCUGGAAUGAUCACGACACGCAAGCUAAAGCUGCAAUAAUUUUCUGUGUAUCAGAAUUGAUCCACAUUCAGGAUCAGGCCCACGCACGUGAUAUGUGGGAAACAUUAUGUCGCAUUCAUAGUCUAUUAAACAUUAAAAGCUUUCGUAAACUUUGUUUAAUUUAAUAUGAUUGAUGCAUAUAAUAAUGAUUACAGUGUAUGACUGUAGUGCGUGCCUUGGCAGUUGCAAAGUCACAUAAGAUGCCAGAAAACCUGCUUGUCUUUUAUAACAAUAUAUAUAAGCAGGAAAAAGAGAGACAGGUGCUGUUGUCUCUGAGGAAGGCAAAAAGCCUUUAGAGAGAGUUGAACCCAAUCAGGCAUCGUAGGAAGAAACAAGGUGAAAGAGACGGCAAGAGAAGGAUGGAGAUACGGGCAGUUUUGAUUGCUCUGAUGGUGGCUCUUCUGAUUCUGCACUACCUGAAAAAGCUCUGGUCAACUAGGCACUAUCCUCCUGGACCUCUCCAGCUUCCUCUCAUUGGAAGUAUAUGGCGGGCUGGGUUGAAGCUUUGUGAAGAUACUUUCAUUAUGAUGGCAAAGCAAUAUGGAAACAUUUAUACCUUAUGGGGAGGACCACUAGCUGUGGUAGUACUGUCUGGAUAUGAAGCAGUGAAAGAAGCACUCAUUGACCACUCUGAAGAAUUCUCUGAGAGAUUAGAGACGGCUUUCCUUAAUGAUAUAAUAAAAGGAAGGGGUAUUGUAUUAUCAAAUGGUCACACUUGGAGGCAACAGAGACGCUUUGGUGUGGUUACUAUGCGGAAGCUGGGGCUGGGGAAGAAAGGCAUGGAGCACCAGAUAGCAGAGGAGGCCCAUCAGCUCGUGGAGGUGUUUGCACGUUCAAAGGGACAACCACUUGACCCCACCUUUCACAUCACUAAUUCAGUCUCCAAUGUGAUAUGCGCUUUGGCUUUUGGGCACCGAUUUGCUGUUGAAGAUGAACAGUUUCAGAAACUGAUAGAAGCCAUUAAUUAUUUACUAAAAUUUCUGUUUUCCCCCACUCAUAUUCUGUAUGAAAUAUUCCCAUGGAUUAUGAGAUAUCUCCCAGGGCCCCACAAGAAGGCAUUUUCCAGCCUGGAUACGGUGAUUUCAUUUGCAAAGGAUGAGAUACAGAAGCAUAAGGAGACUCCGUCUCUGCAUGAGCCACAGGAUUUCAUUGAUUUCUAUCUACUUGAGAUGGAGAAACACCAGAACAGGAAUGAUCCAGAGUCUACGUUUAAUGAAGACAACCUGGCCCAAUGCAUUUUUGACUUCUUUGUAGCAGGGACAGAAACAACCACCAUUUCUCUGAAAUGGGCACUUCUCCUCCUGGCAAAUCAUCCAGAUAUCCAAGAUAAAGUCCACAAGGAGAUAAAAAAUGUUAUAGGUUCUUCUCAUUCAAUGUGCUAUCAAGAUAAGAAGAAACUGCCCUACACCAAUGCUGUGAUUCAUGAAAUGCAGCGCUUUAAAUAUGCCUUUAUAAGUGGAAUUCCCAGGCAAACGGCAAAGGAUGUGAAGAUACGUGGUUCUAUUAUUCCCAAGACGACUGGUAUCUUUCCUGACCUGCGCUCUGUUCUCCUUGACCCCACACGAUGGGAGACCCCUGCAGAGUUCAACCCAAAUCAUUUCUUGGACAAGGAUGGACAAUAUGUGGCUCGAGAAGAAUACCUGCCAUUUGGUGCAGGGUCUCGCAUAUGUUUGGGAAUGCAGCUGGCAAAGAUCGAAAUCUUCAUCUUCCUGACCAGCCUGCUGAGGGCAUUCAGCUUCCAGCUGCCAGAAGGAGUGAAAGAACUUAAUCAAGACCCUGUAGCAGGGGUUACAAUGAACCCUCAUCCUUAUAAAAUCUGUGCUAUUCCCCACUGCAGGACAUAAUAAAACAGGGACUGGCA